AUGUGUCGUAUCAACGAGGUUCUCACUCUCAAAUGGAAGGACGUUUCCCUACGUCAAUUUCGCGCCAACGUCCUUGCUCCCGACGAGAUUAUCGAAUUUGAGGUGUACACGCUUUUCAACAGAAAGACUGAGGUAGCGGAGGGGCGAUCUUAUAAUCUGCACAAGCUGGCUGGCGAAGAAACAGCGAUGAAUGCUUACGAACACUUGUCAAAUUGGGUCGCCUACGCUACCGAGAAAAGAGGACACAAGUGGGUUGAUGAAGACUACGUUUUUCCUGCGCUUGUUGGUCUGAGCAAGAAAGCUAUUAAAAGUGACAAAGGUUCCACAGGAUGCGAGAAGGUGACCGUUGGUUGGGGAAAGAAGAUGGGAGAGCAGAGCUUCAUCAAUCUUCUCAACUGCAUCGACCAUUCGUUAUAUCGGCAAAGCCAGUCGACAUCAGGCUAUGUUGCGAAACACUGGUACAACAGCUGGUUUACCUCGCACACCUUCCGUCGUGCGGGGGCUCAAUACCGCUUCAUGUAG